AUGACUGGUUGGGUACAGAGCUUUCUUCUCCUGGUGGCCGCCAUCCAUUCCUCUGCCAAGUUGACGUACCCAGUUUCCCCAGCUGCACAGAACUGUAAGGAAUGGUUGGAUCAGGGAGGUACAAUCAGCGGUUGGUACACUAUUUACACCCCCAACGAGCUCUUUCUCUCUGUGCUCUGUGAUAUGGAAACCGAUGGAGGAGGAUGGAUAGUGUUUCAGAGACGAGCAGACGGCUCGGUGGAUUUUUAUCGAGACUGGAAUUCAUACAAGAGAGGGUUCGGGCGCAAAGAGAGUGAAUUUUGGUUGGGGAACGAUAAUCUCCAUCUCCUCACAGCAACAGGGAAUUUCCAGCUCCGGGUGGACCUGACAGAUUUCAGUGAGCAGCGCACUUACGCCGCAUACAGCAACUUCCGUAUCGCUGGGGAGGCCCAGAACUACACCCUGCAUUUUGGGGUUUACACAGGAGGAGACGCAGGGGACUCCCUAUCCGAGCACAAUGGCUUCCGCUUUAGCACUAAAGACAGAGACAACGAUGUUUAUAAUGGCAACUGCGCCCAGUUGUACAAAGGCGCCUGGUGGUACACAAGUUGCCAUACGUCCAACCUGAAUGGACUCUACCUGCGCGGAGAUCACACCAGCUACGCCAACGGGGUUAACUGGAGCGCAGGCAAAGGGCCCCAUUACUCCUACAAGGUGUCGGAGAUGAAGUUUCGCCCCCAGCCUUAAGGAACGGAGGCGACUUGGGCAGCCAUUGGGCGGUACUGACCCGAUAUAACUUAAUAACCUGCUGCAUCCGCUUUCUUUCUCUCCCAGGGAACCUCUUGGCGAUCACCAAAUAAAUAACCAUUACCAAACCGUUACGUUAUUGGGGCAGAACAGUCCUAUUGGGUUUAUUUAAUGGUUAAAUGAUUCCCUUUU